CGGUUAAAAUAGCAGAACAAAACCGUCUUUAGAAAUAAAGCUUUUUUUUUUUAUUCCUCAGGGCUGAAGCAGAGAAAAGGCCGAGGGGCGCCUCCUCCUCCUCCUCCUCCUCCUCUGCAGCUGAGGGUGACAGUUAGUUCAUGGUUAACAGGAUCAGGAGCGCACGGCUCAGGCCCGCACACUUCUUCUCCUGUGCGCACUGCGCCGCGGCGGCUCUGCGUCGCUGAAUGAAGCCUGCGCAGAAAAGAGUGAUAUUUAACACAUCUGUUAAAGCGUUUUGAUAGCAGAAAUCCCGUUAAGACAUUAUUCCAUGACGAGGGCCAGAUUGAGUGUUGAGAAUCCAAUGAAACCCGAAAAGUGAUUUACAUUUGAGAUGCUGCGCGGCGUCUGCAGCCAGAAUGGAGAGAAAGCAGCACAAAUAGACGCUGUUAUAAAUCAGUUUUAUGGUUUAUUCUGUUGAGAUCACGAGUUUGAUGCCAACUCACUUUUAUCUACCUGUUGCUUUUUUGUUUUUGCACCCUUAAAAAAACCAAUAAAAGAAUAUUUUUGCAUCUUUAACGAGUAUAUUUUUCCUUGAAUAGAAAAGAAUGAAGUAUUUCUCUUCUAGGUCCUCAUUAAAUUCCUCUAUAAUGAGUGAAUGUGUAAAGAUUAGGCUUUAAUUAGGCUCCGCCAAACAAAACAAACUCAAAGGAAAGUGGUCAACAUGCAAAACUGAUGAGUGAGCCUCUUUUGUGCCGCUCACAUUGUCUCAUUCUUGCUUAUGAAGUCUAAUGCAAUCAUAAAUUGCGUCCUCCGGCCAAUCAGCGGGCCGGGGGAUGCAGCAUGAAAGCGACCCAUGUGGAGAACUUUGUUGAGCUCUAUUGUUGAGGCUGUCAGCGCCGAGCGGAGGGCCGAGGGAGGGGGCGGCCUGCUAUAAAGCUCCUCUCCCCUGAGUGAGGAGACCAGAGGAGUUAGCAGCCAUUCACAAGCCUGAAUCUCUCCCAGCGACCACCAGGAGUAUCUCAGCUUUCACUCUAACUUUUUUUUCCCCCACAAACCGGGACCAUGAUGAUCCCAAGCGUCCUCGCGCCUCCUGCCCUGUACCCGGGGUUGUACCGACCUGCCGCCGCUCUGCCGCUUCACCAGACCCUUCCGUCCGUCUUUCCCUCCCACUCCAGCUUCCUCGUGGAGGACCUGCUGCGGAUAAGCCGCCCCACCGCCUACAUUAACCGGACUGUCCCGCCGCCUGGAAGCGUCUCCCAGGCUUCCCUGCCCACGGCCACCACCACCGUGUCCUUCAGCGGCGCGCCCGCGGAGCGCGUGUUGGCAACCACGGCGGUGACGCGCGAGUCGUGCUCGCCUAAAACGUCAGUGCCGAGCAGCAAGGACCCGAGUUUUCUCAAGUUUGGAGUGAGCGCCAUCCUCGCACCUUCACCAAAGACAAGUGAGUAAAGAGAGACUCCUCUAUGUGCGUGUGCGCGCUCUCAGACUUUCUUCAUGUUUUAACCUCUGUGAUCUUCCUCCACAGCGUCAUCUCCUGCCACAAUCCACAGCCUGCACUCCAAGAACUUCCCCAUCCCCUGCUUUGACGGAACCUUUCACCCCAUCUUCAGGACUCCUUAUUUACCAGGUAGGCGCGACUUUUACGCACAUCCUCUCCAAAAACCAUCUCAUGUGUCCAAACUUGGAGCACAAGAAAUCACUGUCUUAUUAAUGGAGACUGUUGGCUCUGGCCUCCCACCCGCCCACCCACCCCUAAUUAACCAAUUAUCCCAAAUCGUCACGCUCUAAAUUUGAGGCGGGGUGGCGAGUUAUGGUCCCCCCUGUUUCCCAUUGGGGGGCGUUUUGGCAUUUCCCUCGCCUUGCGUUUUCCCACAGAGCCCGGGGGGCCACCGGGCCGCAGUGGCGGGCAACAAAGCCCCCUCAGCACCGUGACCAAUUUGGUCAGCUCCCACCGGGCGAACCACCCACACACCCUGGAGGGUGACUUUUACCAGGGGGGCUAAAGGCGUGAACCAGUCAUGCACUAAUUUCCCUAUUAGGCGCUAUUGAGAGUUUUCUAUAUUCUCACAAGACCACAUAGCGCGUUGUUGUUCCUGACUCUGCUGUGGCCGCAGGGCACUUACAGUCAGGGGGAAGUCCAGGCAGAGAGGGGACACUACUGGAAGAGCUCAAACUCGUCCGAAACGUCCCAGCUGGGGAGAGUUUUCUGCGGGGCUCAUAGGAUGGGUUACCACUGACCUCCACUCCUCACUCUCUCUGUGCCCUAAACGGUCCUCUAUUCUCCAAACGCGCCAAUCAACCAGCUGAGAUAAAGAAUAAUCUCUUAGAAAAGUCUAUAAAGUCGCUAGUCCGUGCUUUCAUUCAGCCAAAUCAUAAUGGAGAUGGAGUCUUUUCAUAGGCUCAGCUGAAUGCCUGAACAAAACAACUCCAGCGUCCUGAAUAGCUUUUCGUGUUCAUUUAAUGAAAAUGAUUUGAAGGCACCAAGAAGAAGAAGGAGAAGAAAAAAUCCCCUCCACUCCUCACUCCCCCUUCAGGGCAUCAGUAUUCUGGUAUGCAGUUGUGUUUAGUUUGAAAGUGUAAAUCUCCUUUUGUUGCCAUAAUAUAUGGCCUUCGCCGCCUGUCCAGAGUCUUUUCUGCGUUAGUUCAUUACUACACAAUUACCGUUCACGGUUUAUUAACUCCUCUAUCCGCCCUCACAGGGUUCCUUAAAGGAUAUGCUACCUCUUUACCAUACCAAUGCGGUUGGGGACCGGCCAAUGUGCUAAUUAGUCACCUCGUGCCAUUUCACUCAAAACGGAGACGUAUUGCACAGUUUCCAAAGGGGGGAAACUUCCAAUCCUAACCAGCUCAAAGUUCGGCCUGAAAGAGGAAUCAUAAUAUUCAUAGAGGUUUCUCUGAAGAGCGGCUUUAGGGAUCCAUUUCGCAGUUGGUCAUCUGUGGCUGCAGGGUUAGUCUGGGCCACAUUUUCUUGUGUUGGAAAAACUAAUCUAAUGUGAUUUUUUUUUUUCUCAUUUUUUCUGUUUGUGUUGCAGCAUCUUCAUCCGUCGUUCCCAUCCCCGGGACUUUUUCAUGGCCCCUGGCAGCCAGAGGGAAACCCCGCAGAGGGAUGCUGAGGAGGGCUGUGUUCUCUGAUGUCCAGCGCAAAGCUUUGGAGAAAAUGUUCCAGAAACAGAAAUACAUCAGCAAACCUGACAGGAAGAAGCUCGCUUCUAAACUGGGCCUCAAAGACUCUCAGGUAAAAAAAAAAACUUGUAACAGCUCACAGGUGUUUAAAAAGUCAAAAAACAUCGUGCGUAAUUCGUGCGUAAAAGCGCGCAGAACGUAGAGCCCUUUGACUCAUUCUGUGAUGUUUCCACAGGUGAAGAUCUGGUUCCAGAACAGGAGGAUGAAGUGGAGGAACUCGAAGGAGCGAGAGCUGCUGUCCUCGGGAGGCUGCCGCGAACAGACGCUGCCCACGAAAGCGAACCCGCACCCGGAUCUGAGCGACGUGGGCAAGAAGUCCUCAGCUGAGGACGAAGAGGAGGAAGAGGAGAUGGAGCAGUUCAGAGGAGAGAGGCUGAGGGCGGCGGGGUCCAGCGCCUCCUCUCCGUCUCUCUCCAGUAAACACUCGGACUUCUCAGAGUCAGACGAAGAAGAAAUCACAGUAUCUUAAUUUAUUCUCAAAGCCAAGAUAAAAUUAUUAAAAAGUUUUCAUCAGAGACUCUGACCCGCCCACAUAAACACGAAAAAACACCUACAUGCGCACUGUACAGGAUCUGCUUCUGAGUCAGUUUGCUGUUUUUGCACAGCUUUGUUUUAUUGUACAGUAUUUUGUACAACUUUGUAUGGAAAUUUUAUGCCAAGAAUAUUGAGUUCCUUCCACCUUGACCUUGAAUAGAGUUGUUUAUUGAACAAAUGUAGCUAUUUCGUGAAUAAUUUAUAUGGAUUUGUUUAAUAAGUAUGUGUUGUAAAUAUGUUUAUUUCACUUUCUUUUGUACAAAAACCAAAUAAAACUGUAAACAAUUGAAUUCCA